AUGGCCAACAGCGCAGAUCUCAAGAUCGUCUUCGGCGCCAUGACCUUUGGCAAGCCUGAUACCCUCGGCGCGCGCGUCUUUGACACGGCCACCGCAGCCACUAUCCUCGACGUCUUCCAGCGCCACGGCCACCGCGAGAUCGACACCGCGCGCCUCUACGGCCACGGCUCCUCGGAGGAGAUGCUCGCCGCCCUUGACUGGCAAACCCGCGACCUGAUCAUGGCCACCAAGCUCUAUCCCAACAUCAGCAGCCACGUGGCAAACGUGAACAGCUAUACCCAUAAGCCCGAAGACGUCCGACGGGGGCUCGUAGACAGCCUCCGAGCCCUUAACACCACGAAGAUCGACCUGUUCUACCUGCACGGCCCGGACCGUAGCGUUCCCUACGAGGACACCCUCCGGGAGGUCAACCAGCUCCACGAGGAAGGCCACUUCAUGCGGUUUGGCCUGAGCAACUUCAUGGCGUGGGAGGUGGCGCAGAUCUGCGAGAUCUGCGUGCGGAACAACUGGGUCCGGCCGACGGUGUACCAGGGGGUGUAUCAUGCGCUGCAGCGCAGCGUCGAGGCGGAGCUGGUCCCGUGUCUGCGCAAGUACGGCAUCGCGCUGUAUGCGUUCCAGCCGCUGGCGGGCGGAUUCCUGACCGGCCGGUAUACGCGCCAGCAGACGGAGUUUGAGGCCGGGUCGCGGUUUGAUCCCAAGAUUGUGCAAGGGGUAGUGUCACGGGGUCGGUACUGGAAUGAUACGUAUUUUGAUGCGUUGGAGCGGAUCCAGGAGGUGAGUGGGAGGUUUGGGUUGACGGUUGCGGAGGUGGCGCUGCGGUGGUUGAAGUAUCACUCGGAAUUGAGGAGGGAAUUGGGCGAUGCGAUUAUUGUCGGGGCGAGUAGUGUUAGGCACUUGGAGGAGAACCUGGCCGACCUGGAGAAGGAGCCUUUACCGGAAGAGGUUGUGAAGGUGGUCGAGGAGGUUUGGUUGACUAUCAAGGGGGUCGCACCCAAGUAUUGGCACUGAGGAGGUUUACGGAAG